UUGAUUGUUGUAAACAUGGCGAGCUUGGCUGAUGUCAGUUGGAAACUCCUGGAAUUCAAAGCCCGGUCCAAACGUUCAGGGUCCAUCUACGAACCUCUCAAGCUCUCCUUCCUGCAGCGGGAGGACGAGCCCAUCUGGGAGAAGCUCGACCGCUACUACAGCGCCGUCAAGACCACCAUCCUCAACUACCAGAGCCCCACCACCGGCCUCUUCCCAGUGAAAACAUGUUCCGGCUGCAAGGAGGCCAAGGUCCGUGACUCGCUGUACUGUGCUGCCGGGGCGUGGGCGCUGGCUCUGGCCUACAGGCGCAUCGAUGACGACAUGGGCCGCACCCACGAGCUGGAGCACUCGGCCAUCAAGUGCAUGAGGGGCAUCCUCUACUGCUACAUGAGACAAGCGGAUAAGGUGGAGCAGUUCAAGCAAGACCCCAGCCCCACCAAAUGUCUGCACUCCAUGUUCAACGUUGACACUGGCGAUGAGGUCCACCCCUACAACGACUACCACCACCUGCAGAUCGAUGCCGUCUCUCUGUUCCUGCUCUACCUGGUGGAGAUGAUCUGCUCAGGCCUGCAGAUCAUCUACAACACAGACGAGGUCUCCUUCAUCCAGAACCUGGUCUUCUGUGUGGAACGAGCCUACCGGGUGCCGGACUUUGGGAUGUGGGAGAGGGGCAGCAAAUACAACAACGGCAGCACCGAGCUGCACUCCAGCUCUGUGGGUCUGGCCAAAGCUGCUCUGGAGGCCAUCAACGGAUUCAACCUGUUUGGGAACCAGGGCUGCUCCUGGUCAGUGAUCUUCGUGGACCUGGACGCCCACAACAGGAACAGACAGACUCUCUGCUCGCUGCUGCCUCGAGAGUCUCGUUCCCAUAACACGGACGCGGCUCUGCUCCCCACCAUCAGCUACCCAGCGUUCGCAGUGGACGACGACGCCCUCUACAGCCAGACGCUGGACAAAAUUGUCCGCAAGCUGAAGGGCAAGUACGGAUUCAAGCGCUACCUGCGGGACGGCUACCGCACCACCAACGAAGACAAGGACCGCCGCUACUACAAACCUGCCGAGAUGAAGCUCUUCGAUGGCAUCGAGUGCGAGUUCCCUCUGUUUUUCAUCUACAUGAUGAUUGACGGUGUGUUCCGAGGAAACCGCGCGCAGGUGAAGGAAUACCAGGAGCUGCUAGAGCCCAUCAUCUUCCAGUCUUACGAAGGUCAUGCCGUGAUCCCCAAGUACUACUACGUACCGGCUGACUUCGUGGAGGCGGAACAGAACAAGCACGGCAGCCAGAAGCGUUUCCCCAGCAACUCGGGCCGCGACGGGAAGCUUUUCCUGUGGGGUCAAGCCUUGUUCUACAUCGCCAAGUUGCUGGUGGAUGAGCUCAUCAGCCCCAAGGACAUCGACCCCAUCCACCGCUACGUUCCUCGCCAGGACCAGCGCAACGUCAGCAUGCGGUACUCCAACCAGGGUCCCAUUGAGAACGACGUUGUGAUCCACGUGGCGCUGAUCGCCGAGAGCCAGAGACUCCAAGUCUUUCUCAACACCUACGGGAUUCAGACUCAGACUCCGCAGCAGGUGGAGCCAAUCCAGAUCUGGCCUCAGAAGGAGCUGGUCAAGGCCUAUCGCUUCCUGGCCGUCAACCAGAAGCUGGGUCUGAGUGGGCGUCCUGAGAGGCCGGUCGGCUGCAUUGGAACCUGCAAGAUUUAUCGCAUCCUGGGGAGGACGGUGGUGUGUUACCCAAUCGUCUUCGAUCUGAGUGACUUCUAUUUGUCCCAAGACGUGAUGCUGCUGAUCGACGACAUCAAGAACGCGCUGCAGUUCAUCAAGCAGUGCUGGAAGAUGCAGGGCCGCCCGCUGUUCCUGGUCCUGAUCCACGAGGACAACAUCAAGGGGAGCCGUUUCAACCCGGUGUUGGACAUGCUGGCCUCCUUCAAGAAGGGAAACAUCGGCGGGGUCAAAGUUCACGUGGACCGACUGCAGACCCUGAUCUCCGGCGCGGUGGUGGAGCAGCUGGACUUCCUGCGAGUCAACGAGGCCGAGAUCCCAGAGUUCAAGAGCUUCGAGGAGCUGGAGCUGCCCAAACACUCCAAGGUCAAGCGGCAGACCAGCACCCCCAACGCCUCGGACCUGGAGCAGCAGCCCGAGAUCAACGAGCUGGAGUGGAUGCAGAAGUCCACUGAGGAGAUCAUGCAGAAGUUCCACGACUGCGAGUGCCUGGCGAGUCAAGCCCAGCUGGCUGUGAUUCUUCUGAGGAGGGAAGGUCCCGACUUCCUGUCCAGAGACGAGAACCUGAUGGAGGAGCUGGAGAGGAUCUACAGGAGAGCCGGCACCCGGAAGCUUUGGCAGGCCGUGCGCCACUCGGCCGCCAUUAUCAAGAAGUUUGCCGGCUCGAUAGCGCCACACAUUACCUCGAUUCUGGUGCACGGGAAGCAGGUGACCCUGGGCGUGUUCGGCCAGGAGGAGGAGGUGAUCUCCAACCCGCUGUCGCCCGGCGUCAUCCAGGGCAUCAUCUACAGCAAGUGCUGUCCACACGGGGGCGAGCGCGAGGCCGUGCUGCAGCAGGAGCUGGUCAUCCACAUCGGCUGGAUCAUCUCCAACAACCCCGAGCUCUUCAGCGGGAUGCUGAAGAUCCGAGUCGGCUGGAUCGUCCAGGCCAUGAAGCAGGAGCUGAAGAUCCGAGCUGGAGAUCUCCCUCCACAGGACAUUUACCAGCUCUCGCCCAGUGACAUCAAGCAGCUCCUGCUGGACGUGCUGCAGCCGCAGAACACCACGCGGUCCUGGCUGAACCGGCGCCAGAUCGACGGCUCUCUGAACCGGACCCCUCUGGGCUUCUACGACCGGGUCUGGCAGAUUCUGGAGCGCACAGCUAACGGCAUCCUGGUGGCGGGGAGCCACCUGCCCCAGCAGCCCACGCUGUCCGACAUGACCAUGUACGAGAUGAACUUCUCUCUGCUGGUGGAGGAGACGCUGAAGAACAUUGUGCGGCCCGAGUACCGGCAGAUCGUCGUGGAGCUCCUGAUGGUGGUGUCUGUGGUUCUGGAGAGGAACCCGGAGCUGGAGUUCACCGACAAGGUGGACCUGGACAGCCUGGUGAGCGAAGCCUUCAGCGACUUCCAGAGGGAUCGCAGCAGCCGCCAUGACGGCGAGGACAAGCAGGACGACAUGCAGGCCUUCUACAACACGCCCCCGGUGGGGAAGCGGGGCACCUCCAGCUACCUCACCAAGGCUGUGAUGAUCCUGCUGCUGCAGGGCGACAUGAAGCCCUGCAAGGACGACCCCUGCUCCGUCAGCUAGAGCCUGGCCGGCUCACUGCGCCCCGGGGUCAGGCGUGAUUGAGAAGCUCCGCCCCCACAGCAUCUCACCUGUCAGUGGUCUUUGUGUCAGCGCAUGUUUGUCUGUGAAACGGUUCCCGUCACCUGUGGUGGAAGCUCAGAAGGAUCUGCAGCGGCUGAGACGAGCCUCACGUCUGGGACCGCCCCUCUCUGUCCACCCAGCCAAUAAAGUUGUCAUGAAGCUCACACACACAGCCGUGUUUGACUCUCUGUCCUAGUGGGGACCUCUCCUGGCCAUCACCCUUUCCCCAGUCCCUCAACCGAACCAUCCAAAACACAUGGCUCACCUGAACCGAACUGGAACCCAGUUUUCUUCAAGUGUUCACCCUCAAAUGAGAGCUUAACCUUGUGAGGUCCGGUCGAAUGUCCCCACAAAGUCACACGGUCCUCACUGUUUUGUCAGUAGUUGGUCCCAACCUAGGAUAAACAGCCACACACACACAUCAGUUAGCCGCUGUGUGCCACUGGACUGUGAGAUGAAACCAGGGUUCCCAGAGGAACCUGCAUCAGCACCGCUGCGGCUUCCAGCUGAGCGACCGUCGUUCAGGAGGAGCAUCCUCACGUGUGUGUUGAGUGGUGGUGAAGCGGGAUGGGAAGGUAAGUUUGUAUUCUUCUAACUUUGUUUCUCAUUAGCCAAACUCUGCCGGGUGCUAGCGUGGACGCGAGCGCGCUGCUAGUGCUAACAGGAGAGAAUCCUCGGGUGUUCCUCACGAUUCACAGCUUAAGUCAUCACGACACGCAAGCUGCUCAGCAAGGCAGCCAUCUUGUUUUUUUGGUUUUAAUAGAUUUUAACUUGCUGUGUUUUGUUGUUCCGACGGCCUGGAACUCCACGCCCAUCACUCGUCGGCAAGUCUGGAACUGGAUCCUUCAGCUGGUUAGUGAGGUGUUCAUCUGGGAGGAGGCGGCGGGGCCGAGCCGGGACUCACCGGAGAGACGCGAUGUCUCUGGGUGAGGAGCAGGGCUGCUGCCCCCUCGACCUCAGCGGCGCCCAAACACCACAGACGGAGAAGACGGAGAGACGUUUGCUGACAGGUGAGACGGAAAACUACGGAGCCCUGGAAGUGACAUGCGUGGGUUUGUUAUUUUUCUCGAGAUGACAAUUAUCUCGAGAUACAUUCGUACACGUCAGCGCAUGCGUGACGGUAAACGGA